AAAAUAACAAAAUAAAAUUGGAGGAUAGCGACCCCUCAAAAGGUUUCACUGAGAAAAUAGGGAAUUACGGCUUGUCGGCGACGGGAUCCGAUCAUCUGGUCUGUUCUUGGAAGCAGAGACAAAGAGCUUUUGACAAUCCAUCCUGACUCUUCUGCAAUUGGAGAUGAGAAGCAUUGAAGGAAGAACUGAAGCGUUGGAGCAUGGUUUCACACUUAGAAGAGGCAUCUGAUUAUUUUCUUCUUAGAUUUUUUAUCUUGAGUGGUAAUUAGGAUAACUAUAUUUGGUUUCAAAGGAACAUGUUUUCUUAAGAAACAUGAUAGGAGGGGUAGGUACUCAACAGAGCCUACGGAAAGCUCUUGGAGCUCUGAAGGACUCCACAAAGGUUGGAUUGGCAAAAGUGAAUAGUGAGUACAAGGAAUUGGAUAUUGCAAUUGUCAAGGCCACAAAUCAUGUUGAACAUACAGCAAAGGAGAAACAUAUCCGCACUAUUUUUGAUGCAGUAUCAGCUUCAAGACCUCGGGCUGAUGUUGCAUAUUGUAUACAUGGUCUCGCUAGACGUCUUGCUAAGACGCAUAAUUGGGCAGUUGCUUUAAAGACUUUGAUUGUGAUUCACCGGGCAUUGAGGGAGGUUGAUACCACAUUUCGUGAAGAGAUCAUUAGUUAUAACAGGGGCAGAGGUCAUAUGCUGAACUUAUCUCAUUUCAAGGAUGAUUCAAGUCCAAAUGCAUGGGAUUAUUCUGCUUGGGUUCGUACCUAUGCUCUGUUCCUGGAGGAGCGGUUGGAAUGUUUCCGUAUACUGAAGUAUGAUGUUGAGAAAGAUCGCUGGAGAACCAGGGAACUUGACACUCCAGAUAUGCUUGAGCAGUUACCUGCAUUGCAACGGCUUCUUUAUCGUCUUCUUGCUUGCCAGCCAGAGGGAGCAGCUGUAUAUAAUAAGAUGAUCCAGUAUGCACUUUCAAUUGUUGCAGGUGAAAGCACCAGGAUUUAUGCUGCAAUCAAUGAUGGUACUCUUAAUUUGGUUGACAAGUUCUUUGAGAUGCAACGGCAUGAUGCUAUAAGGGCACUUGAAAUUUACCGGAAGGCCAGGAAUCAGGCUGAGAAGUUAUCUGAGUUUUUUGAGACCUGUAGGGGCCUUGAUGUUGGACGGGGGCAGAAAUUCCCUAAAAUUGAAAAGCCCUCUGAAUCAUUUAUCACAGCCAUGGAGGAUUACUUGAAGGAGUCUCCACAGCCUUUAAUGCUUCAGUGGACAGCGGCCAAUGAUGAAAGAGGAGCUACUCCCAAAGCAGAUGCUACUCCAAUAGCAAUUUUGCCACCUGAGUACAAGGAGGAAGAUGUUGAAGAAAAAGAAAAACCAGAAUCACCAGUUUUGCCACCUGAACCUCCCCAGACUAACCAAAGUGCUCCAGUAACAGUACCAGUUAUCGAUCUACUGGGAUUAGAUGACUUGAGCCAUGAAGUAUCUCAAAUAGAAGAAAAACAUGCUCUUGCGCUUGCUAUUGCCUCGUCUGAAAAUUCAGCACAGACUGCAAUGGACCUGACCGGUCAAGCCACUGGGUGGGAGCUUGCACUCGUUUCUGCACCGAGCUCUAACGAGGCUGUUGUAGCAACUAGUAAAUUGGCUGGUGGUUUGGAUAUACUAACACUAGACAGUCUAUAUGAUGAUGCAAUGGCAAGAAGAGCGAACCAGAACGGGACCUACCACAUGGGGCAGGUGGCCCCUAAUCCCUUUGAGGCUGCUCAAUAUUCCCAGGACCCAUUCUAUGCUUCCAAUAGCGUUGCGCCGCCCACCAAUGUGCAGAUGGCCAGCAUGGCUCAACAGCAGCAAUCCUUGAUGCAGCAGCAACAGGAACAGGAACAGCAACAAUUGAUGAUGGGCCCAGACUCCAGCAACCCAUUUGGUAAUCCAUACAUGGGACAAGGUGGCCCCCCUAACCCACCACAAAAUCCCUACACGGGAUUAAUUUAGGUUAUCAGUCUUAAAUAGCAAAAAAUGCCGCAAGGAGACACUAACAGUCCGGGUUAAGAGUUGUAGAUAUUUAGGCUAUGGUAGUGGAGGCAGUGAUUGUUUGAUAGUUUGGUACCUCCCUCCUCUUUCCUUGUGCCUGUUAGGGCUCAUUCAUUUUCUUUUUAGGGUUAUGCUAUUGAAGCUGCAAAGCUGGAUAGAAAAUGUACUAUAUGGGUUCUCACAUGGUAACUCAAUCAAUUGAUAUUUUAUUCCCAUGCUUGAUUACAGA